UCCAGAUCGGUUGUCCUUCGUACACGUUCAGGCUCGUCCGUCCUGCUUUCGGACGUAGCAACCUCCAUUUAGGGGCGUAUCCAUUGUCCGGUGGCUCGGUCCUCCUUGCCGGGAUGAAGCAGGAGGGCACGGUAUGCCUGUCUACUCAUCGUCGAGAAGGCAUUUGCAUCCAUGCCAGACUGACUGGAAAUAGAACAAAGAGAGAAAGGAAAAAAGAGUUAGAGAGAGAGAGAGAAAGCAAGAAGAGAAAAACGGAAGUCCAAAGUCGACAUGUAAAAGGAAAAAAAGAAAAGCAUAUGAACAACAGACAAAACCCACCUCUACGAAAUGACCAGUCAAGCACCUGCAGGCUGCCGACAAAACACCACCAGCCAGCCAGCCAACCAGGCAGGCAAACCUCCAAGCGCACACACGGCCUACCCCGGGAAAGGGGUGGAGCGGGGCGGAGCGGAGCGGAACCUCACACCCACCCCCUUCCCAUAUCACAUGCAUACAGACAAGUCACGACCGCACCCCCGCACGAGGAAGUCACAGUACAAUGCCCCCAAAAAAAAAGCCCAGGGCCGCAUCAGCCAGCGAUUGGGUAGGUUAGGUUAGGUUAGGGUAGGGUAGGUAGGUAGAAGCAGAUUCGAUCGCUAUGUAUAGUACAGUAACUAGGUGGUGCAGAGCUGAGCAGAGCCGAGCCAGAG